GGGUUGAUCCUUGCCAUUGUGUGGUUGGUUUGAUGCACUGCAGGUCUCCCUGACUUAGUCCCGGAUCCCUAUUACAUCCAGGCGUCCACGUACGUGCAGAGGAUGUCCAUGUACAACUUGAGGUGCGCUGCUGAGGAGAACUGCCUGGCCAGUUCAGCUUACAGAUCAGAUGUCAGAGACUAUGAUAAUCGAGUGCUUCUGAGAUUUCCUCAAAGAGUGAAAAAUCAAGGCACAUCAGACUUUCUACCAAGCAGACCCCGAUAUUCAUGGGAGUGGCACAGCUGUCACCAACAUUACCACAGCAUGGAUGAAUUCAGCCAUUAUGACUUGCUGGAUGCCAACUCGUAUAGAAAAGUUGCAGAAGGACACAAAGCAAGUUUUUGUCUUGAAGAUACCUCCUGUGAUUAUGGAUAUUAUAGACGAUAUGCGUGUACAGCACAUACACAGGGACUGAGCCCUGGCUGCUAUGAUACCUACAAUGCUGAUAUAGAUUGCCAAUGGAUUGAUAUUACAGAUGUAAAACCUGGAAAUUACAUUUUGAAGGUUAGUGUAAACCCUAGCUAUUUGGUACCAGAGUCCGAUUACUCCAACAAUGUAGUACGAUGCGAUAUCCGAUAUACAGGCCAUCAUGCAUAUGCUUCUGGUUGCACAAUUUCUCCAUACUAAGAUGCAAGAAAAUGGAUGAGUCAAUGCCAGUGUUUUGAUUUGAAAUGUUAUAUAAAUUCAAUAGGAUGUAAACACUUCAUAAAAACAAAUUCAGAGUACACAUACAUACAUACCCUUACCUUAUGUGAUUUUGAAGCAUAAUGGCUGCUUCAUAACAACACUUGAAACUGGAUUUUAGGCAUUCAAAUUGGCAUUGCUUUUUAAAAAAAUGAUUGAAAUGUGUGGAAAUGGUGAUUCAUGCACAGAUUUUCAAAUUUUACAGGAAAUCAAGUCAUUCACAGAAACAUAACUGUUUCGUUAACUCUACUGGAAAUCAGAGUGCAGAUAACAGCAGGAUUUGAUCAAUACAUUGCCUGUGAAUGAACUGAAAACAUUAAGGGGUAGCAGUAGAAAGAACUAAUGUUAGCUAGCCCAAUGAAUGCCAAAACAAAGACCAACUUGGGAACGGUGCUCCUGCCAUUACAGUAAGAUUGAUUUGGAUUCAUUUAAUGCAAAUGAGAAGUAUGUUCAGUUUAAAAGGGAUAUCAAUGCACGGCAAUGUUUAUAUAUGCAUUAGUUACCCCCUGCAUAUGACACUUGUUUACAUUUUUAAUAUAUUAAUAGGCAAACCAUUUUCUUAAAUUAAAGAAUAUGUGGGGGCCUAUUUUAUCUUUUAGAAUAGAACUGGAGAACUGAGCCACCUUUCUGUAGGAACAGAGAUUUUUAAAGUAAACUCCUAAAAAGAUCUACCAUGAAUUCAGUGUGGGUAAUGUGGAUUAGAAUGCAUUUCUGUCCAUCAGAAGUUAGGCUACUGAAAGAGACAUUGGACAGUCCCUGAUGUCAUCAUAAUCUGUGAAAACAAAGGUAAACUGAACAGGUUAACCAAUUGAAAAAACUGACAGUGGCAGUCAACUCAGGUGGCACCACAAAUAAAAGUCGAUCAAAGGUUUAUCAGGAUUUUCUUUAUGAGAAAAGCCUUCUACUUGUAUUCCCAUUAACGUUAUUUUACAUUACGUACUGUACUUGAUUGUUAAUUGCACAUUUGUAUUAUUCAAGGAUUAAAAUAUUAUGCAAUAUUCAUGGACUGAUAGUUGACAUAUGCAAAAUGCUUUAGUUAGGUUGUUCAGGAGCUCAUCAUUAAACUUUUUAAAGUGAGUAACUUUGUCCCAAAUUAAGAAGAUAGUCUAUGCUGCUUACUAGUGAUGGUUCCCAAAAUAGAGACACAAUUUGCUUAUGUAAUGGACCAUGCUGUAAGCUAAAAUAGCUGUGAUUUUUUUUAGACUGUGAAAUAAGUUCUUAUAAAAGAGCCCGGGCAGUUUUUCAGUACUGAUGGUACAAUUUACAUGGUUUGCUCUUGAAAGAGUGACCCUGAUUUGAUUGUGCUCAACCAGCAACUGCCAACACCUAACGUAACAGCCAAUGCUCAAAGACUUUCAGAGUAGUAAUAAAAUAUACUGUUGAUUAAAAUAAGAAAGCAUUGAAUAGCUUGAGAAAUAGGAAGUGUUCUCUUAAAAUUAACAGGAACAUUUUAAUCAGUAUUUGGGAAAAUUCCAUGCAAAAGAACCAUAGAAAUUUAAUUUGUAAAAUGUAUGAGAUGUCAGGAUAACCUUAAGGGCUAGGGACCACACCUGUUUCUUUUCAGUACAUACUUCAGUUUCUUGUUUUUAAGAUUAUUAAAAGCUUCUGCACAAAUCCUGAUCAGGUUAUGGCAUAAUAACAGAACAAUUAUAACAUCAGUACGUACCUAAGUGGACAGUGAGGACUAAAGGACCAUCAACUCAGAGGGUACAGCCUUUGAAGAUCACAUGCUCAGUUUGAUAAUUGAGUACAGAAUGAGUACAAUUUAUGUCAUCAGGCUCCAAAGUUUUCCACAUGCUUCAUUUCACUGAUCAAACACUUAAUUUAUACUAAUUGCCAAUGUAUGCAUCUAACUCUAACAGAAAAGUUUGAACAUUAGAUGCUUGGUACUUUUACUAUAUGCAUAUCAUGAGUUAAUGUGUGCCUUUAUUUUUCAAUACAAUAUCCUAUUUCUCUGUAUUAUAACUCACUGCAAACAUAUCUGAAGUUUGGUUUUCAAGGUAUGAGCCCCAGAAAAAUGUUUUAAGAGUGAUAUUUUUUCCCAAAUAGAAAUACCUGUAAAGAGAUAUAGCUGCAUUGAUAUCUUCUUCCCCUAAAGUGAUUUAGGCCACAUUUUCAAAUCUAGUUAGUUGGUUUGAUCCUGCAGCUUAUACAUGUGGAGCUGCACUAAAAGUCAGUGAGGCUCCCCAUAGACACACCUGUGUGGAGCAAGCAGCAGGUAACUAAAUUAAACUGGCAUUAUUCUGAACAGCUGUAUCUCUUCAAAGUAAUUUUUGGUGAACAGCACAUCUGAGAUCAUCUAUUUAUUGGCACCUGAGGUGCUGAAGGUACUCUGAGGCAUUGUGUUUUAAGUGAGUCAUUUGGAGGAGUUUAACUCUGUCUAGAUGUGCUGAAACCUGUAUUUUCCUGUGGCUUUUAGAGCAUCUUCAGGAUUAGAGGGACACACUCCAUACUCAGCCAUAGGAAAAUAAAUUCUAUUACCUCCCAAUUAAUACCUCAGUAAUGAUGGAAGUAUAAAUAAAGGACCUGUUGAGUACUUUCAGCUUUUCUGUAGGACACAUUCUGGCUGGUAGUGCAGAUGUUUGGGCUGCAAAAUGGUCCACUGAUUUAAAAAUCUCAUAAGUAUUAUUUGCUCUGAUUGUUAGGACUCAGUGACUGAGUAAAAGGUAAAGUGUAUUCAACAGAUAGUCAGUGGUAGCUCUUUUCUUUGGUCAAAUACUGUAAAACUUUAAAAACUAUGCACUUUUGUUUUAAGCCAGUGAUUCUCAACCCAGAUGCCAUGGCACUCUAAGGUGCCAUGAGAUCCUUUUAAGGGUAUAGUGCGAUAUUAGUACUGGUAGGUGUGCAACCACCUACACAAUUCACAAGAGAAACCAGAGAUUUCAAACAGAAAUCCAUAGCAUCAACACUCUGACCUGUUGUAUUUUCCUGCAACAGAAGAAUUGCUCUAUUAUUUUUCUGUAGUGAAGAAAGAAGUGAAAACUAAGACCUGGCAUUUUUUAACGGGUGCCUUGAGUCUAAAAAAGGUUGAAAACCACUGUUAUAAACAAAGGGAGAAGAAAGGACAAAAAAUCUGUUCAAGAUCAUAGUCUUCCUUGAAUAAAGAAUAGGGAUUAAAAAUUGGAAAAUAGUGUCUUUAUUUAUCCUGCUGAGUUAUAAUGCAGGAGGCAUUAUAGACAAACAGUUGAUUUACCUAGCAUAUGAGCUAACAUUUCUAAACGAGAGUGCCAGUCAUCAUUCUCAAUAUCUUGGCUCUCUAGGUUUGACCCAGAUACCCUAAACUACUUUUUCAUGCUGGAAUAUAUUUAAAGAGAAUACUUGUAUUUUUGUUGACAUUUUAAAAAAUGUGUUUUGAUAAAAGAGUUUAUUUUAUAAAACAAAGUAUAUUGUGCAAUCAUUUUUACUAGGCAUUGGGCUGUUACUGUUCCCUUUGAAGGGAGCUUUGCCAUUGGCCUUAAUGGGAGCAAGAUCAGACCCAUCUUUUGUGAUAUUUCAGAAGUACAGAAAUACUCUUUUGUUCAGUUUUGAAUUUCCUUUGAAAACCUAAAACGUUAGAACGUGCGUGAAGCAAUUACCUCCCACAUUUCAGAUCUUUAUAUAAAUGUUGCACACAAAGAACAUUCCAUACGCCAGACUCAUUGUAAGAGGCCUUUUCUAUAUUUUUUAAGUCUUGAGAUACAAGUUUGAUAAUAUUUGCAUUUUUCUAUAAAAAUAUUACUAAAAUGACAGAUUGGUCAUCAUUUGAACCAACAUAUCAUGUAGAUGAUGUUUUUAUGCUAUUAAAAUUAGUCAUUUUCUGUUUGCACCAAAAGUUACUGUGUAGUAUUGAAUGUCGUGAACAUCAACAUUUUUUUUUCUAGUCCUUUUAUAUGUCUACAUUUUUUAAGUUGUAAGGGUUCAUACCAGCAGGGUGAAUUUCAUUCAUGACAUUCAAGGUGGUCUAUCCUGUGCCUCAUAUUAAUGUGCUAAUUAUGGUAUUUUCACAUCCUACAGAUACUUUUAAAAAAGGUGCUGAAAUAUUUUAACUUGAAUUAAAAGCAAGGAGUAUUCUAUUGGUAUUUUUUUUUUGCAACUAAAUGCUACAAAUUCAAUGAAAUGCCACUUGUUUUUGCAGCUUUUGAAGGGAUUUUCAGUAUUUCCUUCACUCCUUUUCCCCCCAAGAGUCUUAGUUUUAAAA